AUGUUCUGCAUCGGGCUUCUGAUUAGUAUAUUAUGCCUCGUCGUCUUUCACGCACGAGCUGCCAGUGCACAAUGCUGGUCCGACAAUGCUUGCAUCGAUACUAGUGUGUGCGCUGCCAAAGGUGGAUCAUCUAAAGCGGGUCUCUGUUCUGGUGGCAAAAACAUCCAGUGUUGCACUUGUAAUAACUGCAUGAAUGCUGCUGCCUGUGCAGCAAGUGGUGGAACCUCCUACUCAGGUAUUUGUCCUGGUGACAGCAGUAUGCAAUGUUGUGUGAAAGGCUCCAAUCCAUCUGGCACUGGUUCCAGUAAACCAGUGAAUACGAUGCUUACGGACUUGGCUGACAUACUUCGCACAGCAGGUCUCAAUGUGGUUGAAGAACCUGGUUGGAAGACUCGUGGUCAUGGUGUAAUGGCCUCAGUAAAAGGCAUUCUAGUUCACCACACCGCUGGUCCAGCGACAGGCGAAUUUCCUUCACGAGCUGUCGUUCGAGACGGUCGUUCUGAUCUUCCCGGACCUCUUUCACAAUUGGGUUUAGGUCGUUCAGGAACAUGGUAUGUCAUUGCAGCUGGUCGUUCUUAUCACGCUGGUGCUACGAUCGAUAACUCAAUUUUUGGAAACUCGAACGCCAUUGGUAUUGAAGCUGAAGCCUCGGGUACUCCAACCGAUAAUGUAGGACACCAAUAUUGGCCUGAAGUGCAAUGGCAGAGCUAUGUGCGUGGUGUGAAAGCUCUUCAGGCAGCCUACGGCAUACCUACUGCACGAGUAUUGGGACACAAGGAAGCAGCAGUGCCUGCAGGUCGCAAGCCUGAUCCAAAUUUUUCUAUGGGAGAGUUUCGCGCUGCACUCGGCUAA